CUUGGAAAGCACCAGAUCCAGAGGAUGGAUGCAGUAAGUAUCAGGUCUGCGGGAGCUACGGUGUUUGUAACAACGUUACAACCGAGUCGAAAUGCGAAUGCUUGAGAGGGUUUAUGCCAGACUCGGAGGUACAGUGGAAAUCCGGAACUACUCUGGCGGGUGCAGGAGGAAAGAACCUGAAGGCUGCGGGAAGAAUGACUACUUUGUGAAAAUAAGUUUGGCCAAAGUUUGGCAUCCGGAUGAUCUUUAUCAGGCCAAUAGUGAGCAAGAAUGCCGCGAAGAGUGUAAAACGAAAUGCUGCAAUGCUUACUUGUUUCAACCUAUCCAAGGUCGAUUGGCAGAGUCAUCUACCUGCUGGACAUGGAGCAGGGAUAUAGCUCUGAAGGAUCUCAAGAUCAGUAAUACUGAAGGAGUAGGAAGAGAUUUAUGGGUCCGUGUCGCGGAUAAUACUGCUCCUUCAGGAAAAUGUGACACACAAAAUACAUCAUGCAUACAACCGGAGCACACCUGCAACAAUUUACUAGAAGAUUGCAAGCAAUGGCCCAAUUCGAUCUGUGACCUUAAUGCAGGACGGGAUGGAGAGGGAAGAUGCGUUUGCAUUUCAAGCUUCCAUUGGGUUUCCAAAGCUUGUGUUCCUGGUGAGGAAAAUCCCCCAAAACAAGAACCACAACAUAGCAAGCCAUUAUUGUUCAUAAUUAUUUUAAGUAACACAGCUGGAAUAGUUCUUCUUCUCGUUGGAUUUGGUUGUUUGUGGAGGAGAAUGGCUAUAGGCAAAGGUCAAAGGAAUUCAAUAUUUCAGAACCAAGAAAGUGAUCAUGGUGUGAAAGAAUUACUUGGACUUGAUGGGUUCCCAGAAGACAGGACAAAGAGCAUAGAUGUUCCAUUUUUCAGUUUUGAAAUGAUUGUAGCUGCUACAGAUGAUUUCUCCGUUUCUAAUAAGCUUGGACAAGGUGGAUUUGGGCCAGUAUACAAGGGCAAGUUCCCUGGGGGAAAGGAAAUAGCAGUGAAGAGGCUCUCAAGGAGUUCUGGCCAAGGCUUGGAGGAAUUCAAGAAUGAAGUUUUAUUGAUUGCCAAACUCCAACAUAGAAAUCUAGUACGACUUCUUGGUUAUUGCAUGAAAGGAGAUGAAAAGAUGCUGAUCUAUGAGUACAUGUCCAAUAAAAGCUUGGACGCCAUUAUCUUUGAUCCGGACAAGGGUCAAUUGUUAAACUGGGAAAUGCGGUACAAUAUUAUGGUUGGAGUUGCCAGAGGACUUUUGUAUCUUCAUCAAGAUUCUAGGUUGAGGAUUAUUCAUAGAGAUUUGAAGACCAGCAACAUUCUACUAGAUGAGGAAAUGAAUCCUAAAAUCUCUGACUUUGGAACAGCACGAAUAUUUGGAGGAAAACAAAUUGAAGCAAAUACAGCUCGAGUUGCUGGCACGUAUGGCUAUAUGUCCCCAGAAUAUGCAAUAGAGGGACUCUUCUCAAUAAAAUCUGAUGUCUUCAGCUUUGGGGUUGUUGUCCUUGAGAUCAUAUCUGGAAAAAGAAAUGCAUUAUUCUAUCACAAUGAACAAGCCCAAACCCUUCUAGGAUAUGCUUGGAAACUAUGGUAUGAAGACACAGGAUUGGAUAUGAUGGAUCCAUCUUUGCACAAAGACUAUAAUGAAGGACAGGCAUUGAAGUGCAUCCAGAUUGCGCUGUUAUGCGUACAAGAUGAUGCAGCUGAUCGACCAACUAUGACUGAGGUAGUGUCCAUGCUUUCUAGUGAAAAUGUUGUUGUUCCCAAUCCUAGACAACCAAUUUUCGUCUCCAAAAGGUUCUCCGAGACCCUUGCUUCUUCCAGCAAUCAAGGAACUCAGUCUAACAACGAACUAACUUUCACUUCUGAGGGUAGAUAAUAUAUAUUAUAGACUGUAUCCCCUUUCCAAAAACAAGAUGAAUUAUGUAGAUGAAUCUGGAUUGUACUUAUGGAUUUUCAUUAUGUGUAUCCUAUUGGCUAAGGGCCUCCCCUGUCUCCAGCCAAAGUAGCACCUGAUAGAACAGUGAAUUUUACAUAGAUACUCUAAGCUAAGGUUGAAGCCAUGUGAUAUAAUUUGUCUUUUUUUAUUUUGGUAGAUAAUGAUUAGAAGUUAGAACCACUCAAAAUUGUAUAAUGUAAGAAUUAGUCAAGUUUGUCUUUAGAUGAAAUGGAGUUUUGUACUUUUGUGCUCUUAUGUUUAGGCUGAGUCCUUCUAUUGAUGAAGAGUUUUAGGAAUUUGUUAAUUGAGUCUAUUUUAAUUAAAUGUAAAGUUCUUU